AGAGCUGCUCUGUUUUCAAAGAAAUCCAUAAUGGCAUCUCCACUUUGGACCAGUCCGCUACCCAAAUCGUAUUUUUCUUCUCUCUUUUGCUUUUCUGUUUCCCACCCGAGAAAUUUAGAAUACCUCGCUUCUCAGUGUUUCCAUGGAAGAUUCGCCUGAAUUCUUCUGGCUCGUUGAAUGUUGCUCGUGGUGCCGAUGGUGCAAUCUAGGGGUUUACUUCGAUGUUCAAGCCAUUUUUGACUGGUUGCUUUGAAUUUACGUUAAAUUAAAUAUAUAAUUUGCUAUGAACAUAAGUAUCUGGUUGAAACCCCGAACUGAAAUUUUAUACCAGGGUUGUUCCCAAAUGAAAGGGCUGAAGUUUGAGGGUAAGGAAGAUGCAUAAGGAUGGAUGACUGAAAAUCUGGAAAGGAUGCGGUUUUUGCAAGUGAUGCAAUUUGAACCAAAUUAGUUGUCUAGUCUAGAAAUUGGAGGAAGAUAUUGUGGCUGAGGCUUUGGGAAAGGAUGGAUAUCUGGAAAUUUGUUUUUGUUGUUAGAAUGUACAGAUGUAAUUCUACUACUUACUAGUUGGAAGAAUGAACUUGUUUUUAGUUUUUUUCUCUUUACUUGGCAAUACUCUGGAAGAAACUUUGGAGUGUACCUGAAAUUCCUUUUCGGGGUUUCAAGUGGAUGUAAAGUAAAUGAUUGAUGAAAGAGAGGAAACUACUUCUAAAAUGCUUGUAUAUGUAGCAUUUUCUCUUUCAUUUUUAUAGACAAGAAACGAUAAACGUUGCAACUUGUACGGUCUUACAACGAACGGUUCUGUGUAUCCCUAAUCUCAGGCACACAUUGAUUUUCUCUAUCUUUUAUUCUAAAGGAGCAUCUCAUUCUUGCCCUCGUGUCCAAAGUUGGAAGCAUGUUUCUCUGCUGCAGCUCAUCAAAUAAAUAUAAGAGAUUGGAUGCAAAGCUUGGAAGAAAAAUGCUUGAAGUAAAAAAAAAUUCAACUGGACAUGACAAUUUCAAGUCACUAAAUGGCAUAAUCUUGAGAUUUCCUCAAUUCAAAGAGGGGUUGCAAAACAUCAGGGGUGUGUUUGAGCAGUAUGAUGAAGAUUCCAAUGGAAGCAUUGAUCGUGCAGAACUCAAAAAAUGCUUACAACAGCUGCAAAUGCAUAUGACUGAGGAGGAAGUCGAGGAUCUAUUCCGCUCUUGUGAUAUAGAUGGUAGCUCUGGAAUACAAUUUAACGAGUUCAUCGUUCUCCUAUGUCUCAUUUAUCUCCUUAAGGACGAGCAUUCGCAGACCGAAUCAAAGCUGGGUUCACCUCAACUUGAAGCAACUUUUGAUACAAUCAUCCAAGCUUUCAUAUUUCUCGAUAAAAACGGCGAUGGCAAGCUCAACAAGAAAGAGAUGGUCAAGGCUCUGAACGAGGGUUCUCCGAGCGAGAGAUCCCCGGCACGCAUUACAAAGACAAGAUUCAAAGAAAUGGACUGGAACAAUAGUGGGAAGGUCAAUUUUAGGGAGUUUCUGUUUGGUUUCAUUAACUGGGUUGGAAUUGGCAUGGAUGAUGAUCUCUCUCUUACAUGAAGUGUAAACACAGCAGCGGACAUCAAGACACCAUGGAGACAAUGGCUGAAAAAAAUAAGGUCAGAAUGAUAUCUCAUAUUCAAAAAUGAAAGACUUGUCUAGUGAUUAUAGUGAGAGUGAGACUACUCUUGUUUGUUUAUUUCAUUUGACGAAUUGUAAUGUUUGGACGACCAUGUGAAUUAGAUUAUAGAAUGUUAUUGUCAUCGUCAUCGUCAUUGUCAUCAUCAUCGUCAUUGUUGUUACUGUAUAUAUAUCGACUCGUAGAAUCUGAUCUGGUGAAAGCUAACUGAAGAGAGAGUGGUUAAUUUGAAACAACUUCUAUAAGCAUAUGUAAGCCUUCAUUUUUUGCUCUUUUUAUUGGGUAAGGCAGUUGAAUCA